GGGGGGGUGAGUGUGAGAUUGGUAAUCAAGGUGGAUCUUCGUCGGCGAUGGAGCUGUUACUUUGCCUUUGUUGUUGCUCGGGGCUUUGCACAUGCGCGCUGUGGGGCAAGCUUACAAACAUAAAAACUAACAAACGUCAACGAGGAGUAUUCAAUCGCUCGCGCGUGCGUCGCUGCCAUUGGUUUAUGCGGCAGCAAAUGUCCAUGACUGUGUGGAAAGCUUCACAGCAGGGCCUCACAAGGGGAAGGAGGGGAGGUGGGGGAGAGUGAGUGAUGGAUGGCAAGCGAGGGGGGCGAGGAAUGUUUGUGAGGUGAGAGAGUCUGCUUUCUUACAGCAAGCAGAUGGUGGAGUCAGAAGAGCAGGUGAGAGUGCAGGAGUGGGGGGUGAAGGAGAUGGAGAUGAGAGGUGGGUGUUGUGGUGGGUGUAGUUAGGGAGUAGGACAGAGUGCACGGCACGGGAGGCCCCGAUGCAAUGGGUCAGUGCUAUGGUAAAUAUGAAGGGCCGGAGGGGGAUGAUUCUUUCAACGGAGACGGGCACUCGGUGCCCAAAACUCCCAACUCUAAGCAUGGAUCUUACAACAACAGUAACCGGGGCAGUUUCAACAAUGGAGGAGCGUCGCCCAUGAGGCACAAGGCGUCGUUUGGUAGCAGUCAUCCGUCGCCGCGGCAUCCCUCAGCUAGUCCACUCCCGCUGUAUGCGACCUCUCCCACUCCCUCGACCCCUCGGCGUUUUUUUAAGCGCCCUUUCCCUCCUCCAUCUCCUGCGAAGCACAUCCAGUCGUCUCUAGUGAAACGACAUGGCGCGAAGCCGAAAGAUGGAGGGUCGGAUCCAGAGUCCUUGGAUAAUGAAAAGCCGCUGGAUAAGCAUUUCAGGUACCCGAAGGACUUCAUGAGUAAGUACGAGCUGGGGCACGAAGUGGGUCGUGGGCACUUUGGGCACACAUGUUACGCGAAAAUUCGGAAGGGUGAAAACAAGGGGCUACCAGUGGCGGUGAAGAUAAUUUCGAAAGCAAAGAUGACAACCGCCAUCGCCAUCGAGGACGUUCGACGAGAAGUGAAGAUCCUGAAGGCACUGACGGGGCAUCACAAUUUGGUCUGGUUCUACGAUGCUUGCGAGGACGAUAUGAACGUGUACAUUGUAAUGGAGUUGUGUGAAGGUGGUGAAUUGUUGGAUCGUAUCUUGUCGCGGGGUGGAAGGUAUACGGAGGAAGAUGCCAAGAUUGUUGUGCAGCAGAUUUUGAGCAUUGUUGCAUUCUGUCAUCUUCAAGGCGUCGUACACCGAGAUCUGAAGCCCGAGAAUUUUCUGUUUACUACGAAGGAUGAGCAUGCUCAACUUAAAGCCAUUGAUUUUGGGCUAUCCGAUUUUAUCAAACCCGAUGAAAGACUGAAUGACAUUGUAGGUAGUGCAUACUAUGUAGCACCCGAGGUAUUGCACAGGUCAUAUUCCAUGGAAGCCGAUGUAUGGAGCAUUGGAGUAAUCACGUACAUUCUUUUAUGUGGUAGUCGGCCGUUCUGGGCAAGGACAGAGUCAGGUAUCUUUCGGGCAGUAUUGAGGGCAGACCCAAGCUUUGAAGAAGCUCCCUGGCCUUCGGUCUCAGCUGAAGCUAAGGACUUUGUCAAGCGGCUGCUGAACAAAGACAGUCGGAAACGCAUGACUGCCGCACAAGCUUUAACGCAUCCAUGGAUUCGAAACGACAACGUGAAGAUUCCUCUGGAUAUCAUAGUGUACAGACUGGUGAGAGCUUAUGUUCGUGCAACAUCCAUGAGGCGGGCUGCCUUAAAGGCACUUUCGAAGACCUUGACUGAAGACGAUUUGUUUUACCUUCAAUCUCAAUUCUCAUUGCUUGAGCCCAGCAGAAGUGGUCGCAUUUCUUUUGAUAAUUUCAGACAGGCAUUGGCGAAAAAUUCAACGGAAGCAAUGAAGGAAGCACGAGUGUUUGAGAUUCUAAAUUCGAUGAACUCGCUUUCGCAUAAAAAGAUGGAUUUUACGGAGUUUUCUGCAGCGGCCAUCAGUGUGCACCAGUUGGAAGGGACAGACCGAUGGGAGCGACAUGCCCGUGCUGCUUAUGAUAUAUUUGAUAAGGAAGGCAACCGUGUCAUCUCAGUAGAAGAACUUGCCCACGAGGUAGGUCUGGCGACAACUGUACCUGCUCAAGUUUUCCACGAAUGGUUGAGACACUCUGAUGGUAGGCUAAGUUUUGUUGGAUUCACCAAGUUGUUGCACGGAGUAACCACCCGUACGAAUAGGAAUCAUCAUUAAUGUUUCUUUUCUAGUCUUCCUAUCAUUGGAGGGUAGUCCCAGCGCCGUGAAUCGGGCUUUGCUCACCAAUUUCGAGGUCUUUUUUUGCCGUACGAAACUAUAUAUGGAUCUUUUGUACCCAUUCCACUGCUGCAGGGUGCGCAAGUUGCCUGAACCAUUCACUCUUGGUAAUCGAUGAGGAGGGAGGUGAUCUUUUCGGCACCCUGAAUUGGGAGUGAUAUGUCACUACUCGUCAAAUGUGGUCCUGUCAACUUAGUUUUAGGUUGCUAUCCAACUGUCGGCGCGACGAAUCUUUUUCUUCAGUAACUUAAGGUCUGUGCUAUCCUGGUGAAGGAUAAGAAGCAUUGGUCCUAGACUGUAACCAGGCACACACUCAGUGCUUUACAGUUGGGAGUUUCAUAUAAUGAUGGAAAAAUGGUGAUACGUAAUGGAAGUUUCGGAGGCAUCGAGCCGGGAAGUAAUGCAAACCAGCCAGGUCUUGGAAUCUGCAGGAAGCGUUGUAGGAAAUUUGCCUAGGAUCGUCAACCAGUUGCAGCGUGCAAGUGUUGCCUUGAAGCUGUGUACUUUUUCUUGUGUAGUGUUUACCAACAUGAAGGUUCUACUGUAGCUGCCUUUGUUCCGAGACCCUCUCAAGUCUCCCACAUUGUAAAAAUGAGUUGUGUUGCAUGCUGAAGUUCAGCUGUGUUGCAUGCGUGAAGCCUGUGGUGAUGGAGCUUGUAUCCCUCACUGUUUAAGACUU